UGGCGAUGGCGCGUGGCGGGGACAACAAUAGAUACGCCGAAGCACGUCGGGUCGGUUCACUCGUGUUGAACUAGUCAAACUGUGAUAGGGCUUCGUUUUACCCGACCCAUCACAAUUACGGUUGUGGUCGAAGACUACCUCUGAGGCCGUCAACACCGUCCCACGAAGACGCCUCAUCCUUGUCACUGAAAACAUGCGCCUUUCUGCGGCAACGACUUCUUGACAUUCGUUGCCCGCUUCGCGAGUCCGGUUUCGCUGUGCAUCGUCGAAGCACAACAAGGAGUCUGGGGAUAUUGGAAAGACUGCAGCGUGUUCGGGGAACAGUGCCAAUGAACGAUUUUAAUAAGCAGUCUUCCGUGCGUGGUAGCGCCAGCAGCACUGAUGCUAGCACCAGCGGUGAAGAGGGUGGCUCCUCUGUCAACAACCCCGCCUCCCCGCUCAGUCGGAGCAGCGCAUUGGCCGGGGUGGCGCUGCUGGCGUCACCUGGUGGCUAUGGUAGCAGCAGCACCAAUCCUUUCGACGUGGAGCCUGAGCAGCUCACGCAACCGUCCUGUUCGCCGUCCAUCUUCUUGUCGAGAAGCCGCCAGACGCCAGGAUCGGUACGUGUGUGCGAGCGGAGUCGAGAUGGUGGCAUGUGCCGUGCAUGCAGGAGUGACGCCCUCUACGAGGAGCAGUCCCAGCAGGCCAUCGAGCUGUUCUUCUCGCGCCACGAGAUUGUCCCAUCGCCAUGGGAGCCACAGUCGAGGAUGAAGAGCGCGUUUGUGGCCUCCAAAGCUAUUCUUGAUGGCAACAACACAUUAUCAGAACGGGAGCCUCAGACAUCCACAGUUUGGAGCCAGACGACCCUCUCGAUACCCCCGGAUGUUGACCUCAGCUCGCUUUUGGGCGACUACUUCACCUUCCAUGCGGCUCAGGACAAGCAAACAGCCAGUCAAGCAAACAACUCCCGCGACUCCCUUCGGCGCAAGCUUUUCUGCAAUGCUGUUGAGGGGAAAGUGAACUAUCCCGAGAGGCGCGAGAGCCAACGGCUAAGUGUGCUGAUGGACGGCCCCGUGCGGAGGCAAUCUUCGACGCCCGUGCACAUGGCAUUGUGCUCGAGUCCUAUUGGUGGUGGUGGGCUGCGCGCACGUUGCAGCCAGGGUUCGAGUCCGGAAGGUGAAGGCAUGCAGCUGUCGCCCAUCUGCCGCCAAUCGCGUAUCAGGCCAUUGCUUGGGACACCUCAGCAGAAACGGAACCUGAAACUACCCGAGCCCGAGGAAUCCCUUCCCUCCACUGACGAGGAUGACCGCAGUGACCACACUGAUGAGAGCGUAGCGACCAAUGGGGGUGCUGGAGACAUGUCGGUGCUGACAGCUGGUGACCGGUCGGACUGCAUGCAGCUCAGCCCUUCCUCCAGCGGGUCAAGACAGCGCGAAGCUCUAUGACGAUGGUCACACUUUAGUCUCUCAAAAAAAUGACUUUUUUUACACUGCCGUCAGGAGUCUGCAGUCAAGUUUGUUGGCAUGACGGCAUGCAGUGAUGUUCUUCCCACAGUGUGAUGUAACGGACAUGUGGCAGAGAGAGAACUGUGGGUACGAACAUGUUUGCAAUUUACUUCAAACUUGGAUGAGUAAGCACGUAUCCUCCAGUGCUACUUUUGUGCUUGGCUUGUCUUCAAAAUUCCUGAAGUGCGAUGCUGUGGCGUGACACUCAUCUGUUCCUUGUCUUCGGGGCACAUUCAGUCAUGUCAUGCGACAGUGCUUUCUGCUGGUGCAGUGCCUGCAGUUGGAUGUGUUCAACAUUGCGUGAAAUACUACCGAGAGUGUGCUUCUCUGCGUUGCUUUGCUUGGCCCAUCCAGGAUGGUGGGCUUCUCACCGAAAAACAAAAGAUGCAAUCAUGAAGGUUUAUGCCACGUUUCAGUCCUUCCUUCUUUCCUAGGUAAGCACAUAAGCAACAACCUUUAUAGUCAUCCACAAUGCAAUUGUGAUAUCUGUCGUUCUGGUUGGGGCAGUCCUUGCAUGCAGAGAAGCUUGCUUGUGGAAUAUCGCACAGUGUCCUAUACUCUGGUUUCGAAUUGCCAGCAGAUUGAGUUGAACUACAUGUAAGGCUAUAUAGGUAUACCCCAGCAUUAUGUAAACAUCUGUAACUGAAAGCACUGGAUAUGUUUAAAUGGCCUAACGAAUACCAUAUCUGCCAGGUACUUGCGUUCGAGUCUGUUGAUGAUACCACCAGCAGUUGCUUCUGCAUUACAUCUGCAGUGGAAUGCAGCAGCUCGUGAGGCAUGUCUCUUUCGGAAAUGUCUUUGACACUGGUUGAAAGUUCAUAUAAGGUAGGCUGUGGCCACAAGAGUGAAGGUUUGUAGGCUCGCCGGUUUUUUUUUUUUUUUUUUCAUAGUUAAUUAAAAGCGCCAAAAACAUGAGACAGCAGGCGUCUAUGUUUCUUGUUGUCUCGUGUUUUUUGCGCUGUUCUACCCUUCUCUCAUGAGCAAGUUCAGUUUCAUUUUGGGUCGCAGGUUUUCACAUCUGAAAGCUUUGGUAUACUAGAUUAUUUUGGAACUGUGGCAGGCUUGCGACGUCAGAAGUCUGUCGCAACCAUAGUUGGACAGGCUAGCUUGCAUGCAGCAGAGCAGUGUUUAUAGUUUUUUUUUUGCUUUUAUGAGUAGGCUUAGUUUUAUAUUAUCAAAUUUUAGUCAUGCUGGCCACAGAUCAUGGCAUACAACUUUAUCUAUUUUUACAAGUUUUUAGUUGUGUUUUACUCUGUUAAAGGCUUGGUGGGAAUUCUUUAUUGCCCCUUGUGUUCUGCGAAUUGGUGUGCUGCAGUUUCAACAUCUGACUUUUCUCAGUAGGGGUGUUCAAAUAAUAAUUUCAUAUUGAGCAUGAAGAUUAAGAGGAAAACUUGCUUCAAUCAUCAUGUUGAAUGCUGGUCGUGUCUCUGUUCCUCAAAAAGGAAAUAUAUUUUGCAUAAAUUGAGGCACCCAAUCUGGAUUUCAUCGUACGAGAAAAAACUUGUUGUUUCUACAAAUUGGCUACAAAAAAUGUGCAUCAGCAUUGCCUCUCGAAGCUUAGCUUCUUCAAGCGGUGUUUGCAGGUAUGGAAAAAUAUUUCGAGUUGAUCUGGAUUCGUAGCAGAUGUCCUAAAGGAAGACUAAAGACUAAUAUUGAGUCAAGCUGUAUUAGUAGAUUGUGCUUCUGUAAUAGUGCAUCAGCCACUCUUAACCAUGAGAGGAAAGUUGGAAGCAAUAAAAUACAUGAAGGCAAACAAACAAACAAUAACACAUGGCUAUGCUUACCUGAAGUUCCUGUGCUAUGAUGUCAUUGAUAUUUAUAGCAUCUACUCGGGCCUUGUAAGCUAGUUACCAGCCAUGUUGGCUACGUGGCUGUUGCAUUGCACUGCUCAGCACGAGGUUGCGGCUUCUGUUCCAGACUGUGGGAGCAGCAUUUCGAUGGGGGUGGAAUGCAUAAAAACUCUCGUACUACACUUGGGCGCUUUAUAAAAGCUUAGGUAGUAAAAGUUAAACCCUGUGAAAUGAACAUAUUGUUUAUGCUUUACCAGUUUUGAUAACUUGUAAGUCUGAUUUAAGCACAGAAAACAGAACACAUAGCCUGUAGUGGCAAUAUUUGCUUGCUGGAGCAAGUUUUCAGUAAUGGAUAUUUCAGCAAACCCAGUGGCUAAUUAAAUACUACACUAAUGAAGUUUCUGCUCGAGUAAUGUUGGCACAAAUGUUCAGUGCUCGGCAAUUCAAAUGCGAUACUUGGGCCACAUGGCGGUCAGCGCUUGUUGCGCCACCAGUGAGCGCUGACGGGGCAAAUGCAGCCCCCAUGAAUCGCAAACAGUCUCGCCCUCAUUGUAUACCCCAAUGCAUCAGCUCGGUUUCCCCAGUUCCCAAGCCCCAACAAGUUCUGGCAGCCAUGUGUUCAGAGUAUCAAGUUUGAAUCGCAGAGCACUGUACUCUCCAUGGAAAAAAAAAUAAAGGUCAACAAGUUGCUUUCAUUUUCCUUGAACCGAAACUAUGGUUCGGCAUUAGAGGGUUCAUCCGGAGCCGUCCACUACAGUGUCAUAGCCGAUCGUGUAGCUUUGGGACCCCACAAUGAAUUUUCUUUUCCCUCAGUGCUCAUGGUAAAGAGCUAAAGUACAUUCUAAAGAAAUCCAGGACUCAGGCCUAGCAAAUUUUGAAAACUUCUCCUGCACCGAAAAUUUGU